AUGGCUUUGAUUACGCCUAUAACGGACGCUUUGGCAGAUGGAACGCCUCUGGUGGUCUUUUCCGGACAAGUCGCCACAAGCUCUAUUGGCCUGGAUGGUUUUCAGGAGGCAGAUAUUCUUGGAAUGUCAAUGCCAUGUACAAAAUGGAAUGUUGCCAUGAGGGAAAUCGCCCAGCUACCUAGGUGCAUCAAACAAGCAUUUGAUAUCGCAACAAGUGGUCGUCCGGGGCCAAUUCUGUUUCGAAUACUCUUAACGUCCUCAACAAAAUUGAUAUCCACCAUUAAACGCGCAGCUGAGUUGAUCAAUAUCGCACAAAGGCCAGUUUUAUACGUUGAUCAAGGAAUACUAGCCAGUCGAAGAGGGCCACAACUUCUAAAAGAGCUAGCUGAAAAGGCUUCUAUUCCAGUAACAACAAGUCUUCAGGGGCUAGGGCCAUUCGAUGAAGAAGACCCUAAAGCAUUACACAUUUUAGGACUGCACGGAUCGGAAUCUGCGAACAAGGCUGUGCAGGAAGCCGAUUUGAUCAUCGCCGCUGAUCAAGGCCGUGGUGGAAUUCUUCACUUUGAAAUCACGCCUAAAAAUAUCAACAAAAUCGUAGAGGCGACAGAAGCUGUGGUGGGAGACUGUGCAGCUAAAGUUGAAAUACUGAUGCCUUUUAUCAAAGAUACGGAGCGUCCAGAAUGGCUUGAUCAGAUUUCCCAGUGGAAGAACCGUUAUGCGUGGUCAUUAUAUCCGAAAGAUAAUACUGAUGGGCUAGUCCAGCCACAGGCCUUUAUCGAACGGCUGAACGAACUUGUCCAUCCGUUAGCGCGGCCAGAUGCGCUUGUGAUCGAUAUUGAUGGCGAUGCCUCGUUCAAUAUGGUUCUAAGCGAGUUAUCUACAGCAAACCAAUUCAAUAUCGGCGUGAAGACGAUCGCUGAACGGUGUUUGAGUGCCUCUGAGGUGGAUGAAAAGCUGAAGUGGCUGCUGGAAAGUCCUGGCCCGGCACUUCUGGAGGUGAUGAUCACCCAGAAAGCCUUGUCUCUUCCAAUGGACCCUGCAGGUCUUGCACUUGAUGAGUUUCUGUUUUACGAUCAUGAAACUUCGUCAGGUGGGAAAUGA